CACGUCAGUGUGGCGCCCAACACCGCGCGGGACGGACGCGCGUCACCCGUCGCAUAUAUUUUCACGUACAUAUAAAACGGUUAUUUGUGUUAAUAUUGUGUUACAUUAAAAUUUGGAGUUACAUAUAAAAUGAUUAUGUGCUAUUAUUGUAGUGUUGUGCCGUAGUGUUGGUGUUUACGAUAGGCCAGUAUCAUUAUAAAAGUGUUUAAUUAAUGAUAAACUUCGAAAAACAGUUACUGUUAUAACAUAUUAAAAUAAUUCUAUUGAAAUAUUUAGUCAGUGUAAACGUGUUAGAUUCUUUGUAAGAUUGUAUAUUAUGACAAAGACAAUAAAAUAAAUCUAUACUGUUAAAAUUAUGUAUUUACAAACUCUAGAAUUUCUACAAUUUUACUAAAAAGUUUAUUAUUAGUGGGACCUAAAAUUGUUCCUUGUGAAACACCUCUUAAAACUUCGUAGUGUCUCUACUGUUGUGAUAAAUGAAAAAAAUGGCGUCGUCCAACGGCAAAGAGAGUGCUAAAAUGACAGCGUCAAUCGACAGUUUAAAACUUUCAAGCAAGAACACAUCGGUGUGUUCUUCGAAACAUGCGUCUUCGGAAUCGGUGUUAUCGCGGAAGGAGAAAGAAUGCCUGCAGAUGCAGGAAUGCAAGAAGAAACUGUUGGCGAUGGAGCCGCAGAUUAUAAUAAGGGACGAGAACGUGGUGCUGAGAUCGCCACCACAGAAGAAGAUCUUGAUGCCGCCAGCCAUCAAUGCUGAGGAAUUGGCAGCAGCGACGCCCACACAACGCAACUGGCGGGGUAUACUGAUAGCUCUGCUGGUGAUCGCGGCUGUACUCGGACUGAUUGUGUUCAGCAUAGCACUGCUGACGCCGGCCAGCGACGGCGGUAGGGUCCGCGGUCGGCGGCCUACGCUCCACGAUGUUCUCACGGAACAUUACAAGCCAUUCAACGGCACUUGGCUUACAGACGAAGAGCUGGUAUUCCGCGACCGGUGGGGCGGGCUCACGCUGUUCAACGUGAGAAACUUCACCACCCGGCUUCUCAUGAACAACUCCACAUUCAGAGAACUGAACGCGGUAGACUUCAAGGUGUCAGCGGAUCUGAAGUUCGUGCUGCUGAUAUCAGACGUGCGGCCAGGCUGGAGGCACGCCCGGCUCGCCAGGUAUCACGUCUACGACGUUAUAAACAGGAACAAAAUUCCUGUGUCUCCGGUGGAAGACGACCGGACGGCACCCUUGCUUCAGUACGCCGAAUGGUCACCGACCGGAGCAGGCUUAGUCUUCGUGCAUGACAACGAUAUAUACUACAAGCCAAAAAUGCUGAAGACUCUGGUCUGCAGGAUCACAAAAAGCGGAGUACCAGGUGUAAUCUUCAAUGGUGUGCCAGAUUUUCUGUACGAGACAGAGGUACUCCAACUAGACCGAGCACUCUGGUUUAGUCCGGAUGGUCAGACCCUGAUGUAUGUUACAUACAACGACAGCCAAGUGCAGCAACAUAAGUACCCCUGGUAUGGGCUUGACCAACAAGAGCCGCCGGCGUACCCCAGCAUCAGAACGUUGAGGUAUCCCAAGAUGAACACAAAUAACCCAGUAGUGACAGUGUACGUGGUGAGCCUGAAAACGUUGAAGUAUCUCUUCCCUCAUCCAAUACAGUUCACGCCGCCGGUGGAUAAAACCUGGUACGUGCGAUGGACGGGCUGGAUAUCAGAACGUCAGAUAGCUGUGCUGCUGCUGAACAGGCCUCAGAACUACUCCAUCGUCAGCAUCUGCAACGCUGCUCAAUACAAUUGUCAAGAUAUCUUCCGCGAUGAGACAGACGGCACUCGAUGGUCGGGUCUCGGCGGUGAACCAACUGCGGAAGAAUGCGGGUGGUGUGGUGGAGUCGCGUUGGCUGGAGGCAGAGCUGGUCUCUUCACCACAGCACCGGUGACCGACAGCGGCGGCAUCUGGCGACACGCUGUCAGACUGUCUCAAGACACGAAGACAGCGUUAACACAGGGAAACUUUGAGAUCACUCAGCUCGUAGGAUGGGACGAUAGAAGAAGAUUAUUGUACCUCAUAGGAACAACGCCAGACAAAGCCGGAGAGCGACACCUAUACCGAAUAUCUAUACCAGCAGACGACAUGACCUGGCCACCACCAGCGCACUGCCUCACCUGUCCAGGAGCUGAAUUACUCCCACCUGAUUCCACAGUAGAGCCAACGAGUGAAGACCCAGAUAUGGGCAAUUCCACAUCAGCACUACCAGCCUGGCCUACGUCGACCGUCCUGCCGCAUGUGGCGACAGAGAACGACACAUUGCCCACCACCUGCCUCUACAACCGAGUUAUGUUCAGCAAGAACUUCUCUUAUUAUGUCCAGGAGUGCCUGGGUCCUGGCCCCCCAGCGACCUUCCUGUGCUCAUCAACGGGGGUCCGCCGCGCCGUGCUGUGGGACGGGGCACCUCUCCGCCACAAAUUUGCAGCCCUCGCACAACCGCAGUCCAAAGUUUUCAGAGUCGAGGUACAGACCAAUCGCGAAGCUCGGGUACGACUCCUACUGCCUCCAGGAUUCAGGGAGACGGAUGAUCUGCCUCUACCACUAGUAUUACACGUUUCAGCGCAGCCGGGUGGGCAACUGGUGACAGAGAAAUGGUGGCCGGACUGGGGCUGGUACCUUGCAGCCGCCAGGAACUUCAUUGUCGCCGAAAUUGAUGCCAGGGGAUCUGGUGGUCAAGGUGAAGAUCUGAGAACUGAGAUAUACAAUAAACUGCUUUCGGUGGACGUUGAGGAUCAAAUAGCUGUUCUAUCGUAUCUGCGCGACAACUUAAAGAUGGUGGAUGGGGCUCGCGUGGGCGUGUGGGGCAGCGGGUACGGGGGCGGCGCCGCCGCCGCGCUCGCAGCCGGCGACGCGCGCAACGUCACUCGCUGCCUCGCCGCCGUCGCGCCGCUCACAGACCUCGCGCAUUAUAACUCGUACUGGACGGAGCGGUACAGCGGCGGCGGCGGCGGCGGCGGCGGCGGCGGCGGCGGCGGCGCGGUGUGGCGGCGCGCGGGCAACCUGCCGCCGCGGCGCCUGCUGCUGGCGCACGGCACGGCGGACCUGGCCGCGCCCGCGCACCACGCGCUCGCGCUCGCGCGUGCACUCAUCCGCGCCGGCGCACUCUACACGCACCUGGUGUACCCUGACGAAGGUCACGACUUCGGAAAGUCCUCGAUCCAUCUGCACAAGGCUAUGGAGCAAUUCUUCGACGAGUGCUUCGGUCCGGUGGAAGUGGCUGACUGGGACGCGGGUGGGGUGGGCGGACUGUUCCCAUUCCGUGACUAGUCAGAACCUGAGGGGUAGUCGUACCCCGACUGUGGCUGUUGAAUUCUACUUGCCUAUUGAACUUCUUUUUGUAUUGUUUAAUAACAAUAUUUAGGCAAUACAAAAUCGCCGGCAAUAAGAACUGUCGUCCAUUCUUGUUUUCUCAGUUGUAAAUAGGUUCCUUGUACUAUUUCUUUAUGUAUUUUCAUUUUGUUUACAUAAUAAUACAUAUAACAUAAAAUUAACAAACUCACUGUAUUUGUUUUGAACAAUUGUCGGAAAAUUGAAAAUACAGUAAGCUCCUUAAUUUCCCGUUAUGUAUGUAUAUAGACAACAGAUAAAAAAUCAUCAACAUCAGUUUUAAAAAUAAUACUUUCAUUCUGUUCAAUUAAUUUAAAACAAAAGCGGUUUUAAUGUUUUUAAAAGUAUUUAAUUUCGAUUUAUUUGUAAGACUAGAGAAUACGAUUCAAACAGCCAAAUUGAUUAAUCUAGAACAAAAAAACUCUUAGAAAAAAAUGUAUGUAACGUAAUCGAUAAUCGAUUCAAUUGGUAACAAAUGCUAGAAAAAUAAAUUCAUUGAAUUUUUACUAGAUACUGGUGAUAGAAAAACAAUCAUAAAUGAUCUUGUAUGGAGUAAUUUUUCCUUUUACAACGACGGAAUAACGCAAGAAUACAGUUACAAAUUUAUCGAUAAAAAUUUACGCCUAAAGUAACAUUUUGACGUGUCAUUUUGACUAUAACACUUCUCGAUUAAGACAGACCCAUAAGAGCCAAAGUAUGACUUCCAAAUCGAUUUUAUUGUGAGUGUUUGUGUAUAAGAUGUGGUGUUCAACCCGGAAGAUCGGCACCAUGACGCUUUCGCUGUGAAUAUUUUUUUAUUAUAGACAAUUAAGAAUAAAACAUUAGCUAUUAUUGGCAACACUGGCAGUUACAGUCUUUAGAUAAAUAACUCGUAUGUCAUAGAGUUCUUUAUCUAUUUUCUUUUUUAUAUUAUUUUUUAAUCUAUCUGCGGAUAUGUUGUAUUUCUCUAAUUCAGUUACAUGAUGUUUUAAACAUACUUCUGUCAUUUUAUCAGUGAUAAUCAUAUAUUUAUUGACAGAAUUUUCCAUUACGAUAUCAAAACGUCGCUAUAAAAGCAAAAGCACUUUAUUACUGACUUUGUAAAACACUAUCGUACACGCAUAGAUAGAACUAUGCGUACAAGUGUUCCAGGAAAUUGAUAGGUGUUGAACUACUUAUGGGGGCCCUCCCCAUAGAUAGCCAUAUUUUAGCAGUAGACAAGGAAUAGCUGAAAUAAUGAAUAACAUUUUAUCUUCUAUUCUAUAUACAGACUUCAUAAUCAUUGCCUCGCCUUUUCCUCAUUAUUCAGAAUUCACAUAUUAUGUUUGCUUCAUCUACUGUUUUAUUUUCAGCCCUUAUACCAACCUCCCUAGACAAAUGGCAAAUAAGUUUAUUAAUAUAACAGGUAAUAUAAUUGUAACAGGUGUGAUAUUCGAUCAACAAGAAAAAAUCACAAACUAUGAAGUUUCACAGACUAUAUAACUGUGAAAUGAAAAAUAAUUGCAUGAUAAAAAAUUUAAAUUAAACAAUCCUUUCCAUGCCUGAUUGAUAAAUAUGUUAGCUGUUUCUUCUUAUGCGCACGUCGACGAAAACGUACCUACUAACAUUUGUCUAAAUGAGUUGAGCUCGCUCUAGUGCAUAUCUUCUUUCACAAAGUCUAUUCGUUCAUCCAUUUUUAUGUUGCCAUCCCUUACUUCACAUCCACUUUCAUAUUCAACAUUUAAAACGUAGCGUUCAAAUCUCCACAUACUAGAUAUGUAAAAUUAUCAUGUAAUAAUAGAUAUUAUAUGUAUGAAAUACCUAAAUUGUUCAGAAACUAUAGUAUCGGAGUUACAGCUCCUGACAUUCUCUUAUGAUUAUUGUAAGAAAGUUCUAUUUUAUUAGUGCGUAAUGUAUCAACCACCUUUCUAUAUAUUCUUCUAUGUCGCUUUAAAUGUCAGAAUAGAGAGAAUAAUAGCAACAGAUCGAAAAUAGUUUAAGGAAAAUACAUAACUGUAUAGAUAAUCUGUUUUUCUGUAUUUGACACGACUAUUAAAUAAUAGUGGUGUGGUAUGCCUUUUUGUAGAAUUUCAUUCGGUCAUUCAUUUAUAACCUGUAGUGCUCUACUGGUUCACCUUUUAUUAUCUAUAUUUUUAGAAUGUAAUCAACAAUAAAAUAGAAAUAAUAAUAUGCGUAUAUAGAAACAAAACAAAAACUUUUUUUAUUUAUUAUAUGCAUUUUUUUUUUUCUAUAAAAAACAUGCCAAGAUUGUUUACUUUAUAGGAAAACAGAUUAUACCUACUUAGUAGUUGAAUAUUUCAAUUAUUAAAAGAAAAAUUUAUGCCAAUUUCUUUGUGAUUUAUUUAUUUUCGAAUAAUUACUUUUUUAAAUAAUAAAAAAAAAAAGAAGUAUCCAAUAUCUAUGAUCUGGGAGUCAAAGUCGUUAUAGUGGUGAUUGAUAAUUGUGAUCUUAAAAAAAAAUAUUUACAAUUCAUCUGACAGUUUGUAGAAACAUAACGAUGGACAAUGAAAAUAUUUCAGUUUAUAAGAAAAGUUAGUCUGUAAACUAAGCAACACUGAAUAAUUAAAAAUACCUAUGAUGAUGUUAGUAACUUUGCCUUAAUAUUUUAUACAGUUUCUUUCAACAUUUAUACAAUUUGGCAUUAACAGUUCAUAUAAUCUUUCGAUGAAUUGUAAAUUAUGAAUCAUUUUACAAAUUUGAUACGAAUCAUCAAAAUGACCGUUUUAGACUCCCUAAGGUAAAGGUCGUAUAUUACAUUAUAAUAUUAGGUACACUAUCGAAUAGGUCCAUAUGGCCGUUUUUAAACGAAUCUAAUAACUUAAUUACUUAUGCACGUUCCAUAUCUGUAAAAUGUUUAUAACCUUAUCAGUAGUUUAGGAAUCAUCUUUUGAGAUUACUUUUUAUUUUAACUUUCGGUUUAAACUCCUGUAAUGAGGAGGUCGUUGAUAUUCGCGACACAGUUUUAUACUUCUGCGGAUAUCAUCGUUUUUCAAUAUUAUUGUAACGAAUGUUUUUGUUCCAAAUAAAGAAUUAUUAUUAUUAUUAUGGUACAUAUGGUAUAAUUACAACGUGGUCCUAAUUUGAUAGUGUAAUAUAAUAAAUACUCCUAAGAAAAGUAAUUUUUAUCAAGUUCUCGUAUUAGUUAAAUACCUUACCGUACCUUAAAAUAGACAUCCAGGUCGAUUCUGAAGUGCAACCUAAACCUAUCUUUUAAUUUGAUAUUUAUAUUAUAUGUUAUGUUGUCAAGAAAACUGUAUUAAAAAUAAGUAGUUCUGACUCUAAUAAAAUUAUAAUAAUGAGUUCGCAUUUAGAAUUUUUGAUAUAUAUAUAGAAAAAUUAAUCUUCAGAAUCGACCCCAUUCCAUUUCACUUAUCAAAAUAAAAGAAAUAUUUUCAACUACUAGAAUGAAAAAUACAAUUAUUGUACCUAGGAUAUUAUAGAUUUUAGUAUUAGUACUAAACUAUAUUUCAAUGUCUUUUAGUUUAAUUUUAUUUUAAUAGGCAUAUAUACUAUACAUCAGGUACUACAUACUGCUUGUACCUUUUAAUUCGAAGCAGUUAAUGAGACUGUGUUGUUCUUUAAGCUUCUCACAGUUUAACAACUAAUUAUUCUAUUUAUAUUAAAUACCUACUCGUUUUAUUUUAGAUUCUAGUCAUUGUCUAGUCAUUUGUAAAAUUGAUUGAAUAGCGCGCCAUCUUUUACGACGCGAGUGACAAAGAAUAAAAUUUGAAUGAGAACGAACGAAUGAAUGAAAUCUUUUAAACUAUUCCCAUCACUAAAUUAGAAUAAUAAUAAUAAAAAAGUCAGCGAUAUUCGUGACUAAAAUUGUGAUAGGUGUUUUUAUUUAAUAAAUAAUAUAUACAUUUAAUAUUGAAUUUUUCGUAAUUAAUUCAAUGAAUAAACGUAUCGGACGAAUAUUGGAUGUUGAUUGGAAAUAAAUUAAAAAAAAUUAAUGUAGGUUAUUCCUGCAUUGUCCGUCAGUAUUUUUAUAUAAUUAAAACGAAUUUUAAAUGUGUAGUCAAAAAGUUACAAGUUUAAAAUGUAAAUGUUGUCCUACUUUGCAAAGGAACAGACAGGCUUCAGAGCAAGUACUGAGUGAUCAUUUAAACCUCGUGUAGGCGUAUUUGAAGAAAUUGUUAGUAAUGGGCUCAUUGUUAGCAAUAUAUCAGACCGACCUCCACGCGGUUGCCCCUAGAAACCGUCAUGGUAAAUUUUUUUUAAUUCUCUAAUAAGUGCCCCACCAGCAGUGGAAUAAUUACUCCAUUGUCACAUAUUAAAAAAUAGGUUUAUUUGAGGGAUAGUGGGUAUUUCGUGCCCACCUCUAAACUGACUGAUGCCCACCUCACGCUCUAAGCAAAACUUCACUAUGAUAUCUCUGAGAGUACAUAAUAAUGUAUUCCUUUUCUAAGCAGCCAAGCCCACCUUAAAAAUUAUUUCAUGUACGCCACUAUUUUAUACAACAGGACACAAUGCGCCCUAUAGAUAUUUCUUUCUAAUUAGCUAAUCUCGCUACAUACACGAGUGGCAAACAGAACCAUUAAUAUGUAUAUUUGUUAUCACUACAGAAUGCAUUUGAUAAAACGAGAUAGCAACAUUUGACGUUUCGUUCAAUCUCACACGUGCGCUAAUAAUAAUCCACUGACAGAUUUGCUUCUCACUUAUCUAGAGGGCUGAUUAAAUUACAAAUCUCCAAAUAUAACCAAAUUGAUCGCAUUGUUUUGUCCAUUUCCCGAUAUUUUAUGAAAGUAUCAGUCAGGCCGUUUCUUAUAAAUAACUCUAGUUAUUUAUCUAAUAUCUGUAAACCUACCAUGAAAUGAUUUCCGAAAUUUCGGGGACGACCGAAACUGAAAUUUGAUGUUAAAAUUACAUAAUACAUGCCGUUUAAAAUUAUUAAGAAUGUUAAAAUAUCGUUCCUCUGGACUAUUAGGAUAGGAUUUAUGAUGGACGAAAUGUUAAGCUCCAUUUACUGGCUCGAUUUCGGUAUAAACAAAAACACGAAAUUGAGCGCGAAAAUUCGGAAUUUCAUUUCAUGGAACACCACCUGUUUUCUACUUACGUUGGUAACAUUGGGUCCGAUUCUGAAGCGCGAUUUUCCUAAACUAAUCACUUAAUCUAAUAUUUUAAUUUGAUAAUUUUGCGAAAUUAUUAUUGUAUGGACCAUCAUAAACUAAAUUUAAAUUAAUUUGGUUCAUAUAUAUGAAAUUCUAAUAUAUAUUACAAUUUUAGUUUAUAUUGGUCCUUAGAAUAUUAAUUUUACUAUUUCAGAGACAAGUUUAGAAAAAUCAAGGCUCAGAAUUGACACUAUUAUUGUCUACGGAAAAAAACUUGUAACUUUUUAAUUCUAAAAUAUUUAAUAAUAGUAUUGCUGAUAAUAUAAUUUAGAGUGUUCAGCAGAGUAAAUGAAACAUUUUCCAAAAUUCUCCAUCACUUUUUAGCGUGGGAAUCCUUAGGAUCUAUUAUUGUUCAAAGGAAUAAAAUUGUUAACUAAAUUGACUCCCACACCGUCACGUAGAUAUCUAUGCAAAAUUAAGUAAUUUACCAUAGAUAGACCAAAAACACAAUAAAAUUAAAUAUAAUAUGGCAGAAUACAAUACAUUCCUUUGUUGAAUUCUCUAAAAAGAAUAAUAAUAGCCAAUAAAAUGCACGUAGAUUACCUAUGUUGAAUUUAUCCCCAAGUUUAAUAAUAAAAUAUAUUUAAAUAAAACGAUUAGCUAUAAAUGAGAAACAGCACAUUGCUAUGUUCAUAAAUAUAAAUAAAUGUUUUAAACGAUGCUCAGUGGACGAUAACAUUGUUUAUUUAUGUUGAAAUGUUGUUUUUAUAAGAAAAAAUAAAAUGUUGUUCCCAAUACAA